UGCACACAACAAGAAAUGAACGAAUCGGACGUCACUCAGUACUCAAUAUUCAAUGUUUCAAUGCAGGCGCGCCUAAUUAACAAGAUGGACCUGACGCGCGCCAGUCGAGAAGGAAGCAGUCAACAAGGCACUGGGAAGACUGGCGACUGUGAGACAGCGGCGAAAAUAUCAUCCGAGUCAAGUACAAUCAGAUCGAGCGGCGUACCCUGCAUGAACCUGCGUUUCAUUCUCACAUUGACGACGAUUUGGUGAUCGCAACGACCACCGUCAAAACUUACUUCAUCAUGGAGGAAUCCUCGACCCCCAGAUGUAGCGAGCGUUUCAACGCACCAGACGCAGACGUUACGAUAUCCUCAAAAGAUGACGUGCUCUUCAAGGUCCACCGCAAGAAUCUCGAAUUCCACUCCGACAGUUUCCCUGGGUCUGACGUCCCAGUGGAUAAUGAAAUCGUGGCCUUGACAGAAACGGCGUCGACCUUGGAGCUGCUGUUCCAGUUCAUGUAUCGCCAACGGCUGCCCGAUCUGAGCAAGGUCGGCACCAAGGAACUCGCAACAGUGGCAGAGGCGGCGGAGAAGUACUGUGUAUACUCAGCAAUGGAGAUAUGUAAAGUGUAUAUGCAAGCUGCCAUCCCUAAGAUGCCACUGGCGGUCAUGGGAUAUGCGAUGAGGCACGGGUACAAGAGUCUUUGUGACGAGGCGGCUCCGUACACACUCUCAGCGAAGGCGGCUGAUGCUUGGGAGCAUCUGGACGCUGGAACCUUCGCCAAUUGGGUGAGCGAGUCUGACCAAACUGCUCUUAUCGUGAGGGCCGACUUGUAGUGCGUGAUUUCAGGUCCUUCACCGUGAACAUUGGCUGCAAGUCAUGU